CUCGACGCGACUGCCCGCGUAGCACACUGCGUAGCGGUUGCGUAGAUGCCGCGUAGCAUCUGCUUAAGAAAUUUUGCUAGUUACAAGAAAUCAGUGAAGUGUUUUUGUAUCUGAUCGGAUGCGACCUUAUAUUUGAUUGAUAUGCAAGAUCACGAAUACAAUAGCUGAAUACCUAUGUCAUUGAAGAAUAUUUGAAUGACGGGUUUGAACAUUAUGGAGAUAAGAAGGGCCUGCGGGAGCCGACACGCGCCCGCCACUUGACGUGUCGAAUUGUCGAACGUAAACAUAAUGGCUUCGCAAUUUACAGCCAUUUUACUAUGGCUCGUUGGAAGCGUGCUUGGGUUGAGAGACAUACAACUCAGUGUCCCAGAAGCAGUAGGCGUGGGUUCCAGUGCCAUCCUAGGAUGUCGUUGGGCACUGGACACUGGAGAAGCCCUUUACACAGUCAAAUGGUAUCAUGGUGCGCAAGAGUUCUUCCGCUUCGUGCCUAAAGAGCUUCCAAAUACCAGGGUAUUUUCACAAACUGGAAUCAGUGUUGAUAUAUCAAGAUCCGGAGCCCAGCAGGUUGUGUUACGAGGGGCCACGAGAGGCCUAAGUGGGCGUUACCGAUGCGAGGUCUCCGCUGACGCACCGUUUUUUCAUACCGUGUACAAAAGUGCAUAUAUGCGAGUCGUAGAGUUACCGGACUCGCAGCCAAUAGUUCGAGCACAAAAGAGUUGGUACUCCGUUGGGGAUAUGUUACGUGCGAAUUGCACGUCUCCUGCGGCUGACCCACCCGCUAACCUCACCUGGCUUCUAAAUGGUUAUGAGGUGAAAGGGCUAGAUAUACCCCCACCUGAUGCAUACCGGAAGCAAGUUAUAAGCGACGCUUCAUUAGAAGAUGCAAAUAGAAUUAUCUUCAGCCCCUGGGAUACAGGCGAGGAGUCGGUUACGGUUGACGUACGCAUAGAUAAUAUGUAUGAAGGCACUACCCGUGCAACUAGAUACGAUAAUAAGACAAAUAUUGAGGAAGAAAAGUCUAAUAGGACAUCGUCUUUCAGUCAACUUAUAAUCAGAGUGCAAUCGUCACAUUUUCAAAAGGGUCGUUUAAACGUGACAUGUGUGGCACGCAUUCUGUCUGUAUGGACCAACAGUGGAAUACUCAUUUUGGAUGAGGAGCGACCACAGAUUGCACCCGUAAUGGGAAGCCGGGACUCCAAUUCUGGUCAAACGGAGCUUAUUUCGAGCGCAUUUAUACAAGCAAUCUGUUUAAUACUUUUAUACCGGUGGAAUCGAUGAUGAAAACUCGUAUUUUGUAAUUCUCUGUCGGUGUUAGACUAAAUUUUAAUAUUGUAGUCGAUUAAUAUUUGUAAAAAAAUGUGAAGUUAAUGUGAAUAUAUGUAGGUACUAGGUGCUGUUAUAUUAACUUAUGUUUUAAUUAAGUUGCAAUUUCACUGUAUAUAUUUAAAAGUGUAGAUUGUCUAUGAAUAGAA